CUUUGGGUAGCGUUGAGGGUUGACUUGUAGAAUUUCCCGAGUUAAGUGAAGUAAGCACACAGCGUUCUGUCACCAAGGAGACAGGUGACGGCAAGAGCAGCGUACGACGACGUUUGAACGGAUGUGUGUGUUUGACUAAACGGAGAGGAUAGACUGCAAACAACAAUGCCCAGGUCCGCUUAUUCUCCAGGAUCCAAACUCAACCCAGCAGACGACUACAGUAAGAUGAGGAGGAUCAUUGCCGAGGAUCCAAACUGGUCCCUGGCUAUAGUACCCUCCUUAUCAAACCUCUGCCUGCAGAGCAUCGUGAAAAACUUUGAGAAAAAGCCCACAUUUGAAGAUCUCACAGCCAUCCAGAAAGACUUUGUGCAGGAGAGGCUGUCUACUUCCCUGCCACUGCGAGUGACAGCCAACCUGAUCAGCGAUGGUGUCUACUGGAAGCGAUGCUGCGAGCAGCGGUGGGACCUUUGUGACGUCUCUCAUUAUGGCCACAGCUGGAAACGACAGUUCUUUGAGAGACAUUUGGAGAAUAUUAUUGAGCUUUUUAUCCCAGAUGUUACUGAGACAAAGACAGUUCUCGCGAUGGUGCCUCUUUGCAGGAACUAUGUCAAGAGGCUGGACAUCUCCCAACUCCUGCCGCCUGUCAAGGAGCCCCAGGAGGAGGAAGUGGAAUAUGGCUCAGAGUUGACAAUUGACAAUGAGUAUGAUGGCCCGUCUAUGGACCACUUUGACUUUAACAUCCUGCUCAACAAGCUGACCAACCUGGAAGAGCUCCAUUUGGUGUACAGGGUCAAACAUUGUGGUAUGAACUUUGAAUGGAAGAUGUUUGAGAUGACCAACAGAGAUUGUGAGUCCCUCGCUAAGGCCCUGAAGUCCUGUAAGACUCUAAAGCUUCUAAGGCUCCAUCAAAGCCACAUUGAAGACCAACAGUGCAGGGUGCUGGUGAAACACCUUUUGGACCACCCAUCCCUGAGGGAACUCAACUUUUCUCACAACCUGAUCGGAGACAAAGGAGCCAGAGCCAUUGGCAAACUGCUCAACAGGAGUAAACUGGAGAUCCUGAACAUUAGCGACAACAACAUUACAGGCCUGGGAGCUAAAGCUAUAGCAAAUGCCCUGUCCAAGAACUCCACCCUUUUGUCACUCAACCUGCGUCUCAACCGUCUGCGGGACGAAGGGGGUGAGGCGAUUGGCAAGGCCUUGCUGAGCAACAAUGUCCUGCGUCACCUGCACUUGGGAGCCAAUGAUGUGACGACACCUACUGCUAUAGCACUGUCUAAAGUGCUGUUUCAGAAUAGCACCCUGAGGGGCAUCAAUCUUUCCUGCAACAACCUGGGUGUGGAUGGAGGUAAAGCUCUGGAAGAGGCGAUGUCUCACAACAGCAGCAUUACAGAAUGUGACAUCCAUCUGACAGAGGUUGAUGAGAAGCACGUUGCCUUUAUAAACCAGGUGGUUUGGAACAACGAGAAAGCAAAAGAGCAAAAGAGACCUGCUCAAGAAAGUAAAACCAAAAUCCUGCACUUAGCGAUCAUCCAUGAACAAGAAUUAAUCGCUCAACAGUUGAUACAGCUAUUCCCAAAAGAAGUCCUGGACAUCCAAAAUAAUUUAUACCAGAGCCCUUUGCACCUGGCCACCUACCUGAACCUGACAGAUGUGGUGAAGGGCCUGGUGGAGAAGGGAGUGAGCCUGGAGCUGCAGGACCAGGACGGGAACACAGCGCUCCACGUGGCCUGCCAACAUGGGCAGACCGAGUGCGCAACCGAGAUGACCAGUGAAGUUUCUCCAAGCAAGUUGGCACCGGUCCUCGAGACCCAAAACUGGAGAGGUCUUGCCUGUCUUCACUUGGCUGCACUGAACAGACAACAUCAGAUUAUAAGGAUCCUGACGAAUAAGGGAGCAGACCUGAAUAUCCAGGAAGGAACCAGCGGUAAAACAGCUCUUCAUCUCGCUGUGGAACUACAUGACAUCGCAUCAGUGAAGCUGCUCCUCAACAGGGGAGCCAACGUGGAUGCUGCCAUGUUUAACGGCUGCACCCCCCUCCAUCUGGCGGUUGGGAGACAGGACGCUGCCAUAGCCAACCUUCUCUGCCAGUCUGGAGCUGACACAAUGCUGCGAAACAUGGAGGAUGAAACGGCGCUGGAUCUGGCUGAUGGCAAUGAUGAUAUUCUGGCUCUAUUCCCUUUUGAUGACAUCCAGAUCUCGGGGAGGUCGGUGGUCGGUAUGAAGUUUUGAGGCUGAACAACAAUCUUGAAAUUGUCUGGAGUCUCACUGCAGCUUAGAACCAAAAAAAGCUGUAUUGGAACUGAAGUUCUGUAGUACGUUCUGAUUUGUUCUAUAUUUAUCCAUUAUCUAGACAAAUAUGCACACCAUAUAAAUUUUACUCACCUCUGAUGAGAGAGGGAUUCUGCUUAUCUGAACACUGAUUAAAAAAAAAAAAAUCUAUUUCUAAUUCAUUGACUUGAUUACUUUGCUUCUUUCCAUGUGCAUCUGGAGGUGUUUUAACAAACACCACCUCACUGUGACAGCCAAGCUUUCUAUCAACAUGUUCAACAUCCAUAAGAAAUUCUACCUCUUUAUCACAUUAACCCUUAUUUUAAUGGCUUAAAUCGAACAUUCAAAUCAGUUUGUUUCAUAGUUUCUCAAACUUUAUCAGUGCUAUGAUAAUGUGUUUAUAUCCUUUCAUUGUAGUCAUGGUUUACUAACUGUAAUAACUGUCAUAAAGAGACAUGAAUGAAAUCCUUCAAAGACAAACUAAUCACAUCCCUGCAAUUUGUUAAAAAAAAAUGUUUGCCCACUUUGAAAUGUAAGAUAACACAAAAUGCAGCUUUGUCUAUUUUUUGUAAUAUUUUUUUUAGGUUCGCUGCUUGAUGUGAAACAUUUUUCUCUAUUUAUCGCAUCUUAUCUUCAAUUUGCAGAAAACUGUCACUGUCCCAUGGUGUGUAAUUACACUGCUCUGUCUAGUUAAUAUGGGCAGUUUGUUUAUUUUGUAAUAAAAUGAGGAAAAACUGA